GGGGGGGGAUUAUGGCGUCACUCGGGGCCCCUGGGGGGGUGUUAUAAAGCCCCCGGCGGGCCCUCUCCCCUCCGUCAGAGAGGCUAAAACGUCCACAGGACACUCCGUCUAUCCCUGUCUCUAUUCUAGAACCACUCCUCUAGCAUCAAUGCACACCUCUUGACAACUAUUCUGAGACACACAUUCCCCCCCCACACACACACACACCCCUAUGUCUCUACGACAGGCGGCUAGUGGAGGCAAGCAAAGCCGAGUUGAUGUUUGACUGCCUGCGCGCCAACUCCAGAUCGCUCGUAGAUUAGAAACAGAUCUAUCGGUGGAUUCCUCUGUCGACUUUUUAAACUGUUUGUCUUCCAACUGAUUGGCUCAGUGAGACAACGUUUAGGUCAGCCCAGCUAGCUGACUGCCAAAGGGAAAUCACUUUUUUUUUUUUUUGCAUCUGAAACAGUGCAAAAAGAUCACUUAGACUUUUAAAAGGUACAAGCUUUUUCCAGAUUCACCCCAACAACUUUUUUCCCAAGAACAUUUUCCGUUCCGAGGAUCGUCCAGUGAACGGCCAGCAUGUGGGAGUUCCGGUCCAUGGCGUUUUGGCGGGCGGUCUUCGCUGAGUUCUUCGGUACCAUGUUCUUUGUGUUUUUCGGCAUAGGCGCUGCGCUGCGCUGGACCACUGGGCCUCACCACAUCCUGCACGUAGCUCUGUGCUUCGGCUUGGCGGCUGCCACCAUCAUCCAGUCCAUCGGCCACAUCAGCGGCGGCCACAUUAACCCGGCCGUCACCUUCGCCUAUCUGGUAGGCUCCCAGAUGUCCCUGUUCCGCGCUUUUUUCUACUGGGCUGCCCAAUUUCUGGGGGCCGUGGCCGGGGCCGCCGUGCUCUAUGGGGUCACCCCAAAAAACAUGAGGGGCAACAUGGCUCUCAACAUGCUGCAGCCUGGCAUCAGCCUGGGCAUGGGCACCACAGUGGAGGUGUUUCUGACCAUGCAGCUGGUGAUCUGUAUCUUUGCCGUGACGGAUGAGAGGAGGAACGGACGCAUGGGCUCUGCUGCCCUGUCCAUCGGCUUCGCUGUCACAGUCGGACACCUCAUGGGGAUGUACUACACUGGUGCUGGAAUGAACCCUGCUAGAUCUUUCGCCCCUGCUGUGCUCUUCAGGAACUUUGUCAACCACUGGGUGUACUGGGUGGGCCCCAUGAUAGGAGGUGCUAUGGGCGCUCUUCUGUACGAUUUCAUGCUGUUUCCCCGCAUGCGCGGUCUGUCUGAGCGCCUGGCCACACUGAAGGGCAGCCGACCCCCCGAGACGGAGACCCAGCAGGACGCCCGCGGGGAGCCCAUCGAGCUCAAGACACAAGCCCUAUAAGCCUGUCCCUAUCUGGGGAUGGGGAUGAGGGACAGGCCCUGUUUCGACCAACCCCCGUGCUACCCCCAACCCGUCAACACACACACACACUCACACAGACUCACUAACUAACACACAGACACACACACUCACAUUGAGCCACACUGACUAAACAUGCAGAUUCAGACGUGUAUUUAUACACAAACUGUACACACACAUACACAGACAGGUUCACAACCUUCAACCUCAACAUGCAACGAGACUUCUCUCCCUCCAACCUCACUCUGUAUACUGAAUUGGACAUUGUGUUUGAUAGAGGCGAACAGGGAGGGCCUGCUCCAACAGUCCCACUAAACCCCCCCCCCCCCCUCCCCCCACCAGGUCUUCCCUUCACACAUCCACAUAGACACAAGAUCCAGACCUGUCACAACAGAAGCAUGUGGGUGAGGUUUAGGUGGGCACCCACUGGGCACAGACGUCAAUUCCCACAUUGGUUCCACGUAAUUUCAAUGAAAUGACGUGGAAACAACGUUGAUUCGACCAGUGUUUGCCCAGUGGGGAUGUAGGUAUGGGUGGGGUAAGAGGUAAGGGCAUGGGUGGGCUUUGGGCAGGUAAGGGUAUAGGAUAGAGGGUAGGGGUGUAGAUGGGGUAAAGGGGUUGGGGUGAGGAUAGAGGGGCAACAGGUUUUUAGUCGGAUAGGGUUGUGUUAGAUCAGUGAAGAUGGGCAUGCUUUUUCAUUAUGCAUCCGAUUUAUCGCUCUCCAUUUUUUUCCCAGUUGUUUUCUGCACUUCAGACACAAGACGUGGAUGUAUGAUACCAUUCGAUUUUUACCAGGGUUUCAUUUUUCAAAUCACUUCAAUUUAUCUCUGUGUGCGUGCGUGAGUGUGGGUGCUUCUACAGUAUGUGUGUGUGAGAGUGUGUGAGUGAGAGUGAGUGCGUGAGUGUGUUUGCCAGUGAGUGUGUGUCCGUGUGUGAAUUCGUGUUGAAUCGAGUUCGCAGAAACAGUACUUUUCAUUUUGUUUUCUUUUCAUGACCACUCUCCUGUUCGUAUCAUGAUUAUCUUUCAUUACGUUAUCAAUUUUUAAGACAUAUAACUUAUCCUCCCCUCACUGUGGUAUUUGCUAUGAUAUUCAUUUUUACACAAACCAUCUGCUUUUUUGUUCAGAAAAAUAAGAAAAAAAUAAUUUUUAAGGAAAUGUAUCCCAAACCGGACUGAUUCCUUUCACUACAGAAUGGCUGCGUAAGCUUUUCAUGAAGUCUUCUUUUAUGAUUUGAUCUUUAAUGUCAGCAUAAGGCAGUUUAAACCAUAUUUAAAUGAAAAUAAACCAAAAAAACUUGAUACAAAA